GCUUACAGUGACCCUGAUUUAUCUUCACCGAGAGCUCACCUGAACCAAGCACACCAGUAUGGGAGCAUCGUCCAGUUUACUGGAUGAAACUCAAUCCAACUACAUAAAAGAACAAGUGGACGAGAAACUGAAGGAUUUUACACCAAUUUACAGGAAACAAUAUUCCGUGGCUUACUGCUCUCAGAUCAAAGAUGAACUUGAGCAGCGCAAAGAGGAACACACACAGUUCCUCAAACAACGGCCCCCUCCAGAGGCUGGGAAGAUACUGUUUGAGGAGAUUGUGUGGUACUUUGAUGAUGGCAGAAAGUGGAAGGAGAGAUUUAUCGUGAUCCGUGCCUGUUACGUUUUGGAGGUCCACGAGAGCUAUAAGUCAUUUUUGAAAGGGACGCCUCCACAACAGAGACUGAUUCCUACUGGGGGCACCAUACUGACAGCUGAAGAUGAAUACAUGGAACUGAUUGACCAAUGCUGCCCUUGCACUAAAAAUGACCGGGAAGAUUUUGCACCUCCCAUGGUGGACAUGCCAGGUCAAUUCCCAGUUUAUCUUAGACUUCCAUAUCGCCAGGAUUCAUACUUCUGCUUCAAAGAUGAGGACGCUCAAGCUGAUUUCAUCUCCCUCUUAGCUGACUGCGUUCGCCACCAGAACAAAGCAGAUUAUCUCAAGAAGAAGACAUGUGAGGUUAAGGCUUUCCUUAAAGCCUUUCAGCUCUACAGGGAGGAGAAAGGCCAGUAUGAAUCGUGGGAUAUGCUCAUUGGCAGUGAUGUGCGGGGUCUCGCCAAUCUGUUCAUGGAGGAUUUGAUGCCUUACCUGGAGAAAGAACUGAAGAGCAAGAGGACAGACAAGAGGAAAGUGUGGUUUGCGACUGUUGAAUCUGCUUAUUUCCUGCUGCAAGAACAUCUAUUUGAUAGGAUGACCACACUGAAAGAAGAGUGCAAAAACAAGGCAAAACAGCAGGAGGCACUCAUGCGCUCAGAUAUGGACCAAAUCACCAACUCAAGAACUUACCUGGAGGGAAAACUUCAAGCCCUGGUAUCCGAGCCUGCAACAAAAUACUGCGCAGAGCAGGUACAGCCUCACCUGCCAGCUCUCUUGGAGGAAGUGAUGGGUCCCAUCAGCCUGGGCUUCACCGAGGCCAGAGAUCUGAGCGAGGGCAUGAUGGAGCAGCUCUGUGAGGACUUCCAGGAUCCUCAGCAGGAGGUGGAACUCCGCCAGGCUCUGUUUAAGAUGAGUAAGGCUAAUUUGCAAAGCUGUUAUGAGAAAGUGAGUGGACUGAAAGAUCACGUUCAGGAGCUGCAGCAAACCUUCAACUAUUCCAUCAAAGGCCUGGUGGACAGCACCGAAAUUUACUUAAAACAGCUGAUGGAGAAUGUGGAGUACUCCUUUGAGCUUCUUGUAAAAAAGGCUCUGCUGGACCCGUCAGUCAAUUUUUCAGAGGCAAUGCAAAAAGCUUCCGACCGGGUUCUGAAACAAUUUGACUAUGACAGUAGCACAGUGAGAAAGAGAAUCAUCCAGGAGGCUUUGGUCAACAUCACUUUUCCCAACAUCAAGAAGCAUCUGGACCCAUCCUUUAAAGAGGAACUACCUAAAUUCGAGCAAUACAUAUUUGCUGAUUAUUCAAACUUCAUCAGUGUGGAAAAUGUGUAUGAGGACAUUAUCCAGCAGAUACUGGAAAAAGAUGUCAGCACUGUGGUCAAGGAGGCAGCCAGCAGAAAGAAAUUCAACCUGAUUACAGAGAGCAAAUACAAAUUCAGCGUGUCCAGCUUAUCGUCCACACCCCCAGGAUCAGCACCCAGCAGCCCAUCGCGCUUAAACACUUCCCCGAGCCAGCGAUCGCCACUCCCGCCUUCCCCACUGUUGACCAAUGGCCUCACAGCAAACAGAUCUGUCACUGUUCACUCGCCAAACUCAGAAAACAGCACUCCCAUGGGACGAAUCGACGAGGGAGAGUACAAAACACCCAUAGAGGGAUGCAGCGAUGAUGUAUUUUUCACUUCCGAAACGUCAACCGAGACCAAACCAGAACUCAGAACUACCACAAACGCCAAGGAACCUUCAGUCAGUUCCUCUCCUGUUAUUGUGAUAACAGAAGCCAAAGAAAGCCCUUCAAGUUCAGCAAAAGCAGGAGAUGGAAGUUUAUCAGACUUAGCCAAUAAACCCACAGUGAUCAUCAGCCCGAUCUGCAAGAAUACUGCUGGAAUGGAGAAGCUCAGAGAAGUGAUGGAGUCGGAUGAUCCGGCCUUGACUAAAGCAAAGAUAUGCGAUGAAAGCACACAUCCAAUCUCUGUUUGUUUAUCUAUUGAAGAUGCAGAGGUUGGGGAAGUCCACAAAAAAAUGACAGGCAAGCAAAUCAUGGAUCUUCCAGAAAAAGCCCCAAAAUCGUGCUCAUCACCGUACCUGGAGGAUAAAACCAGGCCUCUCGAUUGUGUUAAGGAGAUCCGUGACCUGGUGGUGGAGGUUAUUGAAAUAGAGGACACAAUUAAGCCCAACGAAGACAAUAAUGAUGAUGAUGAUGAUGUUGAUGAUGAUGAAGACAUUCAAAGGUUUCAGGAACUAGAAGCUACAAUUUAAGUGCACAAGACAAACUGUACAUAUUGAAGCUUUUUUGUUAUUGUGCAGAAGGUAAUUAUUCUUUAUUGUAAUUAUAGUUUUAUUGCAAUUCCAAAGUUUGGGGUCAAUACGUGCUUUUCCAAGAUUUUUGAUUCAUCAAGGAUGUUAAUGAAGUGACAUUACAAAUAUUUAUAUUAUUUAAAAGACAUUAUUUUUUACUUAUUAGUUGUCAAUGAAAUCUGAAAAAGACGUUUCAAUAAAAAUAAGCAGCACAACUUUUUUUAGCUGUGAACUUACGAUAUUUUUAAGGACCAUUUGAAUGAUCUCUGAAGAAUGACUACAAAUAAAACAUUAAACAUGCAUUUUAAAUACAAUAGUAUAAUUCUUACUUUAUUUAAAUUCUAUAAAUCCAACCUGGGUACACAUUCUUUUAAAAUAAUACAAAAAUAAAAACGUUUAUUUCUUUAAAGAUUUUUUAAAAGAUCUUUUUGAAGUGACUGUUUUCAGAUGUGAACAUAAGACAUGUUUAAGGACCAUUUGAAUGAUUUCUAAAGAAUGACUAGACUAUUAUAUGCAAUAUUAUGGUUCUGACAGUUUUCUUUAAUUCCAUAAAUCCAACCUGGAUGCACAUUCUUUUAAAACACGUAUCAAUCCCAAACUUUAAAUUUUUAAAAAAGUAUUAAUGAUUAUUAAAUGUUUCUCUAGCGAAUGAGGACUGUUGAUUGUGCAGAAGGUAAUACUUGUUUAUUGUGAUUAUAGUAUUAUUGCAAUUCCAAAGUUUGGGGUCAAUACGUGCUUUUCAUAUAAAUUAAUAUAUUUAUUCAUCAAGGAUGUUAAUGAAGUGACAAUAAAAUUAUUUAUAUUAUAAAAAAAAAUCAUUUACAAGUUGUCAAAAAAAUCUUAUAUUUCUUACAAUUUUUUUUUUACAAUUUUUAAAAACUCCAUUUAAACUCCAUCUAAAAAUCUAAAUGUUUACUUUUUUUACUUUCUAGCUGUCAAAGAAAUGUGGAUUUUUUUUCCCACAAUUUCCAUAAAAAUAUUAAGCAGCACAACUGUUUUCAACUGUGAACGAAAGAAAUGUUUAAGGACCAUUUGAAUGAUUUCAUCAAGUAUUUUUCAUUAUUAUAUACAAUAUUAUGGGUAGUUUUGUUUAAUUCCAUAAAUCCAACCUGGAUACACAUUCUUUUAAAACACGUAUCAAUCCCAAUUUUUAAAAAGUUAAAGGAUUAAAUGUUUCCCUACCCAACGAGGACUGUUUAUUGUGCAGAAGGUAAUUAUUGUUUAUUGUGAUUGUAGUUUUAUUGCAAUUCCAAAGUUUGGGGUCAAUACGUGCUUUUCAAAAAAAUUAUUCAAUUUUAUUAAUCAAGAAAGUUAAUGAAGAAAAAAAUCUACACUUUUUUCACAUACUAGUUGUCAAAGAAAACUUACAUUUCUUGUAAGAAAUUCUCAUUUUUUAAAAUUCUAUAAAUCCAACCUUGGUACACCUUCUUUAAAAAAUUUUUUUAAACGUAUCAAUCCCAAACUUAUAAAAAAAAGUAGUUAAAAAGGAUUAAAUGUCCUACCAAAUGAGGACUUUUUAUUCAGUGUAAUGUACAUUCUUCAAUGUUGUUUUAAGCUAAUAUGUACAAAUGAAUUGCUAUGUUAGCAUUUAAAUAAUGUAUUGACCAAAUUGUAAAAUAAACACUCAUUUGUAUUUGAAAAUGCUUUAAAA